AUGGUUUCUAAGGACAGCUGCACGACCGAAGGUAACGACAAGCAAGAUGAAAUUGUCAUUGGCAAUGACAAAGAAAAUGUGAAAUUUGGUGAAUAUCAUAAAGAGGGAGACACGACGAAGGCAAACCAUACUCUGAAUUCUACAUUGUCAGAUAUCCAUUGCAAUUCAGGGAGCAUCCCUUCAUAUCCAUUUGGUAGAGACCUUCUAGAAUUUCAAAGGGACAACCAUUCUAUGAACUUGACUUUUGAAAAUGUUGAGAAAAGAGGGCUUAUAGAAAGAAACAUGGGCCAAUUUGCUAAUUGCAAUGGAAAAAACAGUAAUUCCAUGUCCAGGAAGAGGAAGGAACCAUUAUCUGCAGAAGAUCCUGAGGCACUCGAUGAUGAUAGUAAUGAUAGAGUACAAGUGGAUAAUAUGAGUUGUAAGCAGAUGAAGAAACUCAAACAAUCCAGAGUAACUUGGAAAGAUGAAGCAGAAGAUGGCGGUGGUGAUCUUAACCAUGUGGGUGUGGAGGAUGACACCGCUAGUAUUUUAAAGAAUGGUCACGCUAAAGUCUCAGUGUCAUCAUGUGUUGAACAACAAUGCUAUAGUUGUUCGAAGCCCAUUGACAAACCUAAUUGGAUUGGCAUCUUUAAGACAGACGAUAAGGAAUAUGUAUCAUUGGAUGGACAUUUGUCGACCAAAUUAUGUGAGAAAGCAUGGAGUUUGUCCAAACAAUUGCUUAAAGUGGUUGAAGUGCAAAAGCUUUCGAGGUUGGAGGUGUGGCCUAAGGCAUGGGAGGUAUCAAAACCGAUUGCCAACGACAUUGGCAUCUAUUUCUUUCCUCAUGAAAUGAGGAGAAUUAAAAUGCCUAAUUCCCUCUUUUGCAUCCCUAGGCAAGACGAAGGCUUGGAGCAACUAGUUAGAGAAGUCAUGCAAAAUGAUUUAGCUUUGCGGGCUAUUAUUGGUGAAGCCGAGAUGUUGAUAUUCCCUUCUAUUCUACUGUCCAAUCAUCACCAGACAUUUCAGAGAAAACACUAUCUAUGGGGAGUAUUCAAGCGUAGGGAAGACAAAGGUGUUGUGGUUGAAGAACCACUUAGUGUUGUGGGGUGUUGUGAAGAACCAAAUCAAGAAAUGGUUCGGAUGGCGAGCGCCAUACCUUUGGAAAGACAUAUGUUGCCUCCUAAUAAAAGUACUCAAGAAGCGGAAGCUAGCCGUCUCAAAGGGCCAACCAACAAGGGCUUUGAUCUAAAAGCUCCUGGUGAAGAAGAGGGACAGGCAGAAGCUACUCCUGUUGUUGCAUUUCCUGCAAGCCACGGACAGAUUAACCCUAGUAUGGGACAUACCCCAGGCAGGCUGAUGGGUUUUGUUGUCCGAAAAACUCCAAAACUUGAUCGAAUUAUCCGAGAGAUAGAACAUGAAGGUGCAUUGGUAUUUGCUAUGCAAGGGGAGAUGGUUGGUGCUGGAUCUUGGGCAGUCAGCAAGGCUACUGCCACUCAAAAGUAG